ACCACGCCCGCGCGGCAACUCGUCCCCUCCAGCAUUGUCCAGGCGGCAGAGGAGACAAAAAAGUUGUCAGCCCGUCUCACCUCCACUACAACCAGCGCAACUACAGGUCCAGGAUCUCCUGGUUGACUUUAAACAAAGUGAGUUCGUGGAGUUUUAAACGUGCACUGACGCUCCGGAGGCCACGCAGCCCGUCCCCUGCGCCAGCUGGAGGGAAGUGACUGUCGGGCUCCACCGCGGGGGUGUAAAGUUCAGCUAACAGCACCGGGGUCGUUCAGCUCUUCACCGACUCGGGGCCCCGAUGGCAGCAGCUGUGUGCCAGCCGCGACGCGCCCUGGUGGAAAUACCUGCGCCGCAGCCAAAGAUUGCAGCCCGCAUGAGGAGGUCGUACCUAGAGAUCUUAGGUGCUCGAUUGGCUCCAUCGCCACUUCACAGGGGGAGAAACACAAAUGCAAACACCAAGCGUGUGCAGUCAUUGGACUUGCCCAUCGGCGGGGUGUGGAGCGGGAGAUUAGAGGAGCAGUGCGAGAAGAUGGACGAGCACCAAACCCCGCUCUCCAAACAGCAGCUCGUGCAGUUGAUCAGAUCGCUCAUCCUAGUUGAACAGAGCCAAGAGCCCAGGAUCCUGGCCUCCGACUUGAAGUAUCUCCACGAAGACUUGCAACUGAAGAAGGCGAAUGUGUACAGGUCCAUCCCCUAUUCGCGGUUGGGCUCCAAUAGAGACGCGCACUGCUACAGAAAAGCAUAUCCUCACCUGGUGGCAUUCAAAGUGUCGUGUCAGGAGUGGGGCCAGGUUCUUCUGAGGAACAAAGAGUGGGACGCCGUGUUGGAGCACACGCUGAUGGCGUGGCGCUACACCAGCGAGCUGCCGCGGUGGGACACAGCCAACCACAACGCUGUCCGGGAGCAGUGCUACGGCACUCUGGCAGCUCACAGCCUCGCGGCUCUCCAGCACUACCGCCCCGAACCUGGCCGAGGACGCGAGCUGCUCAGGAGGUUGAAGACGGCUCAGCUGCAUAGCCGGUCAAUCGUGCACUGUAUUCAGGAGCUGCAGAGGAUGAUGGGAUGCGCAGACGACUCCUCCAUGGAUACAAAAUGAACACGAAACACCUAACAAGUGUGAUUUAAAGGUGACAUGAAAUAUUUGUGAUGAGUUCCAGACAAUGCAUAAGACCACCGUCUGAUAUCACACCUCUUUAUUUAAUCACACACACAUUUUUUUACACCAACUGGAAAUCAUUGAGGUCACGAGGAGUGAAACGUGUCGCAUCCCUUCUCAUAACUUCCUCAUGGUUGGUCGAUGUAACAUGUUCAUGUUUCACAAUGGCCCCCGAUUCAUUUUUUUUUCCCUUUAGAUUUACAUUCACGGUGUGAGAAAGAUGUCCAGUUCAGUAUGAUUUCAACUUUUGUACAUUUUUAAGACAUAUGUAUUGAACCAUGACCAUUGAAAUGUAAAGUAUGAAAUGUCCUUUUGUUGUUUUUUUCUAUGGGGGCGUGUAUGUGUGUGUAUAGUCCUUAUUACUGUUCACAAUACUUGAAAGUAAGUCAUCUUUGUCUAUAGUUGUGUUUUCUGUGUGUGUCUACUUUAUAGGAAACUGUCUGUCAUUGUUUGCACUGUUUGUCCUGAAAACUUGAAAAAUUUUGAUAAAAUAGACCUAAUUUAAAUAAAGUCAUGACUGCAAGUAUA